AUGUCGUUUGGUGGGUUAACGGCGCUGAAGGAGAGGGUGCUGAAGCCGGGGAAGGAGGAGGUGGGCGACUCUCUGGGGAACCUGCAGAGGAAACUGGACGGCUCCAACGUGGACGAGGACAACAUUGAGCUGAACGAGGACGGGCGCCCUGUGGCAGCCCCGCCGCAUAAAGCCCCCCUGCUGGACUGCAGCUGUGGGGGGAUCCCCAAGAGGUACAUCGUAGGCAUCCUCAGUGGCCUGGGCUUCUGCAUCUCCUUCGGCAUCCGCUGCAACCUUGGAGUAGCCAUCGUGGAGAUGGUGAACAACAACACCGUCUAUAUCAAUGGAACUGCAGUGAUGCAGAAAGCCCAGUUCAACUGGGACCCUGAGACGGUGGGACUCAUCCAUGGCUCGUUCUUCUGGGGUUACAUCGUCACUCAGAUCCCAGGGGGGUUCAUCUCCAAUAAGCUGGCUGCCAACAGGGUGUUUGGGGCGGCCAUCUUCCUGACGUCCAUCCUCAACAUGUUCAUCCCCUCGGCGGCCAGGGUGCACUAUGGCUGCGUCCUGUUCGUCCGCAUCCUGCAGGGACUGGUGGAGGGUGUCACAUACCCAGCCUGCCACGGCAUGUGGGCCAAGUGGGCUCCACCUCUGGAACGCAGCCGGCUGGCAACCAUCUCAUUCUGUGGAUCCUAUGCAGGGGCCGUGAUCGCCAUGCCGCUUGCUGGGAUACUGGUGCAGUAUGUGGGGUGGCCCUCCGUCUUCUACAUCUACGGUGUUUUUGGCAUCAUAUGGUAUGUCUUUUGGCUCUUGCUGGCCUAUGGUAGCCCCGCAGACCACCCAACUAUCAGCAACGAGGAGAGGUUAUACAUCGAGGACGCCAUUGGAGAAAGGCUCAACCAAUUAAGUGUCACUGAGAAAUUCAAGACUCCGUGGCGCAGGUUCUUCACCUCUAUGCCUGUCUACGCCAUCAUCGUGGCCAACUUCUGCCGCAGCUGGACCUUCUACCUGCUCCUCAUCAGCCAACCUGCCUAUUUUGAGGAAGUCUUUGGCUUCCCCAUCAGUAAGGUGGGGAUCCUCUCCGCCUUGCCCCACAUGGUCAUGACCAUCGUGGUUCCUAUUGGAGGACAGCUGGCAGACUACCUGCGCAGCAAUAAGAUCCUGUCAACUACAAACGUCCGGAAGAUCAUGAACUGUGGAGGCUUCGGGAUGGAGGCCACUCUGCUACUGGUGGUGGGCUUCUCCCACACCCGCGGAGUGGCCAUCACCUUCUUGGUGCUGGCCGUGGGCUUCAGCGGCUUCGCCAUCUCGGGGUUUAAUGUCAACCACCUGGAUAUCGCUCCUCGCUAUGCCAGUAUCUUGAUGGGAAUCUCCAACGGUGUGGGAACUCUGUCAGGAAUGGUGUGCCCGCUGAUCGUCGGAGCGCUGACUAAAAACAAGACUCGGCUGGAGUGGCAGCACGUGUUUGUGAUUGCGUCCAUGGUGCACUACACCGGGGUCAUCUUCUACGCCCUGUUCGCCUCUGGAGAGGAGCAGGAGUGGGCCGACCCCGAGAACCUAAGUGAGGACAAACGCGGAAUCCUGGAUGAGGACGAGCUGGCCGAGGAGUCGGAGCUGGCAGUGGGGAAGAAGAGCUACGGGACCACGGGGGGCGCCCCCGGGAAGAGUCAGGCCUGGAAGAAGACGAGAGGGGUGACCAUGCAGGAGGACGGAGAGGACGGGAGUCACGAGAAUGGAAAUAUACAGGACCACUACCAGUAGUAGGCCUCCCAGGUCCCUAAGUCCUCUGCACACUACCCCUAGAAGUGUCCGAUACACCCUGGAACUGUCUGGAACAUCUGAUUAAAGUAAAGACCAGCAGCCAUUAUUUAUUUGCCAGCUUUUCUUUCAUGUUUUUUUCAUGCCUGCCUGAAACCUAAUACACCUUGAAAGACGGUCCUUACCACACAAACAAAGCUAUACAUAUGGGCUUUAAAU